AUGGAAGAAAACCAUGAUAUGCUGGCUCUGUCUCUAAGUGUAACACCAGUCAAUAGAACCGUCUCACAGAAACCCCCGAUGAUGCCUCUAGGCUUGGUUUCUCCAUAUCAUCAACAAGCACUUAACAUCAACCAUAUGUUACAGAACCAGGUGACAAGAGAUUUGUGUACUCAGUUACGUAAUGUGGAGGAAAGAGCUGUCUAUUUCAUGAAAGUAAAGGACAAAACCAUCGAAGAUAUGAAGAAACAGUCUGGAGAAAUGGAACUUCGCCUGAGAAAAGCAUUGUCGGAAGCCGAGUUCUGGAAGAAGCAGUCGGCUGAGAAAACAGAACUGUGCAGAGAUCUUGCCGGGAAGCUAUUGCAAGUGAGAAAGAGAGAAAAGUCGAAGAAAGUUAUUCCGGAGCAGAACGAGGCGGAAGAGGCUGAGUCGUCCACUGGUGAUAAUGGAGAGGAUGAUUUAAACACAGCAAGUAUUCGUUUAUGCAAACGUCGCCGUCUUUGA